GGAAACGCCCAUCAUGAGCUCUUUGAUUUCCGGUGUCUGUGAGAUUGCCUAGCUAGCCAGUUACCCAAAUAAUUGCGGUGCACAUUUUUUGUUUGUUUUGACCAGUGGUGAUUGUAACAACGUCCUUUAAAACGCACAUUUUGAAAUUGUUCACAUAAAUGGGCAAUUUUUGAACGGGUACUUGUCGGAAUUUUCGUCCAGGGAAGUGACGCCAGCGAAUGGCACAGGCAACACUUGUUGUGGGACCGACAUAGACGGACAAGUUAAUGAACCUGAACCCAUUCUGGAGCAUGUCUACCAAUACUGGUCGCAAGAGAUCUGACGGUGAKGAACAGAGUGGAGAGCAGCAGCAACAAAGAGCCAGUCCAGCCCGUCCUAGYUUUGGGAAGAAGCAGCUUCCCUCCAUCCCCAAGAAUGCAGUCCCCAUCACCAAGCCUGCCUCUCCUGCCGCCACAGCCCAGUUGGCCAACGGAACACAUGCCUCCUACGGUCCAUUCUACCUGGAGUACUCGCUGCUGGCUGAGUUCACCCUAGUGAUCAAGCAAAAACUGCCUGGAAUCUAUGUGCAGCCAUCCUACAAAUCAGCAUUGAUGUGGUUCGGGGUCAUUUUCAUCAGACAUGGCUUGUACCAGGAUGGAGUCUUCAAGUUCACUGUGUAUAUUCCAGAUAACUAUCCUGAUGGUGAAUGUCCUAGAGUGGUGUUUGAUAUCCCAGUCUUCCACCCACUAGUGGACCCUGUUUCAGGAGAGCUUGAUGUCAGGAGAGCCUUCACCAAGUGGAGGCGUAAUCACAACCACAUCUGGCAAGUCCUGAUGUAUGCACGCACGGUGUUCUACAAGAUCAACACUAUGGAACCACUCAACCCAGAAGCUGCUGUGCU